AGAGCACGCGGCCCAAAAAGCGCGCGCAUGUCAAGCGAGUUGCGUUCGGUUUUCGAUUCGAGGCACAUGGCGUAUACGCGAUACGGCCAGUCCUUUUGCUUGUAUUGACUCAAUAAUAGUCAGUGGUCCCUGUUGCGGCUGUCGUGCGUGAGCUGAGUAGCAGAUAAUGUGUUAAUAACUAAACUGGGCAGUCGGUGUCGAUCAAUCAGUAUGUGAAUAGCCAUAAUCCAACUGGGAAGGAACUUCAAUGUAAGCCUAAUUAAUUAAAAGAUGGUCAGGAAUCCAGGUGAUGUGAUUGGAAAUAAGCGAAGCUAAGUGCAUCGAUCUGCAUUUGCCAAUUUGCGAGUGGAGCAGCGGUUGUCUUGAUGGCUUCCCUCAAUUCACAUUCCGAGGACAAAUAGCCGAGAUUCUGUGACCCGUAGGCCAUGUUCGAUUGAAUGUGGCAGCAACAGCAACGACAACCGGCACCGCAGCAACAACAGCAAGAGCAACACCAACGGCAGCAACCGCCACGCGAGCAACAUGUUGACAACGCACCAUCUGCACCACCUGCACCACCAUCGCGGCAGUACGGCCGUGGAGCUGGACAAGAUCACCAACCUGAAUACGCUCAUCGUGGAGAUCAACAGCCAUGUGGCGCUAUUCCGCGACAUGCUGAUACACGUGGGCCAGGCCAAGGAUUGCCCCGAGCUCCGCGAGAAGAUCCGAAAGCUGCGACGCACCUGCGUGGAGGCACUCAAGCACACCGCCCAGAUCCUGAUGCCCCAGGUCAAGAGUGCCAUGGCCGAUGGCAUCCUCACCGACAACCCGCAUUUGGUGCUCCUGUUCUACAUGGCCCAGUUGUUCCUACGUGAACUUGUGAAAAGUUAUCGUCUCAUACAAGUCGUGCCAAUGGAUAUGUCCGGCUAUUAUGAGAACCGAGCCGGGCCCUCGAACCUGGGCAAUGUCAUCAGCCAGAUAUUAUUGUGCAAACAGUUUACGCCCGACUUCAACGAGGAGGAAUUGUGCAGCAUAACCAAAGACUCCCAGGACAUUGCCGUGCUCCUCUCCGAGAUGCAGGAGUACAUGCCGCAGCACGAGGCGUACUUGGAACGCAACGCGGCACUGGACACAACUGGACCCUGGCAGGCGAAGCGGCGCCAGAACUACAUCUGCAAGAACAUGAGCCUGCUCUGCUGCGUCUCCAGGCCCAACUAUCUCUGAGAGCAGGCCGAUAGUGUGUAGUCCGAGCCGGGCUAGGUGGGACAAUGGAAUGGUCACCGCACGCACCCACUACUUAUAUCAAUUACUAGCGCCUAAGCUGAGCCUGCAAACCCGACAUAGAGGAAAUUCUUGAUCUUAAGCCGAGGAGCGAGGAGGAACACUCAAUUAGCAUUGUAACAUAAUCAAAGGUCAAUGGCAGUGGCAGGAAGGCGAUGUGCUUCUCCUCCCAGCGACAUGUGUAUAAUCAAAGUUAAUUAUGCUGCAUAUACAAUAUUACCAAUUACACAAUACGGAUAUGGAUAUAUACUAUAUAUAGACACGUUUAACUAGUGGAAUGGAGCCAGUUAAGACUUUUUAGGCCAAUAAACUGUAGUCAUUGUAUAGACCCGAGCAAAACCACACACACACACACAUUAUCCGGAAAUGGUAUAACCCUUGAGUUAACAUUAAGAUUAAACAGAGGCUGGGCCGAUGGACCGAUGGAUGCUGGGAGCAAAUGGCAGUUUGUGGUAGUUCAAAACGAUUGUAGCCUUCGUAAUUAAGUUAAAAGCCUGGCCAGGCAAGUGCUAAACAGAAGCAAUAACAAACAUGUUACUCAAACAGAAGUAUGUAUAUCUAACCAAAUAGAAGUGUAAUUGAAAUGUCUCUAGGUUUCCGUUUGUUCAUUUCACGGUUUUAAAGUGAACUCUGCACAGUACCUAAAACCAAAAAAAAAACAAAUAAUUGAACAACAAACGAGCAACGUGUGACCAAUAAAUAAAUCUGUUUAAAAAACAAGGUUUUAUAACAAAUCAAUAUCCCAUUCUCAAAUGAUAAUAAUAAAUUCUGUGAAUGUAGGAGGCAACAAAGAAUUUCAAUCAGCCAACCUUGUUAAUAUUUAAGCAACCAAUAAAUAUUAGUUUCAGCAUAAAGGAUUAAUUUCAAAUAUUAGUUAGAUCUAUCACAAACAGAGAUUGUCUAACCAAUUAAAGCGUAAUAGGUUUUUUAUUUAAAUUGAAAUAGAUGAGACCAAAAAUGUAACAAUUAAAUUAUUAAAGAUAGCAUUUUUACUCCCUUAAAAUUUUUGUUUGCCGAUGAGGCUGAAAAAUGCAUGUAAAAUAAAGCAAUUGCUGGCAAAUAAAAUUAUUGCACGGCCAAAAUAAAUAAUUAGGAGCCUAUUGUGUUUUCGGUUCUAUUUAAAUCGCAUUAAAACUGCACAAACUGUAUUUUUACAAAUUAUAAUAUGCUUUUAAAUUAUAAUAUGCUUUUAAACAACCGCAGCCCAGCAAAUGAAGAACUCAUAAGUUGGUUGCAUUAAAAGCGAAAACAAAUUUUCAUUUAAAUGCAUUUUUCAUUUGUUGAGUACAUACUUUCGGUAUGGGCCGCAUAUUUAAUGGAAAUUAAUUGAAGGAUAUUUUUUAUGGUGCCAAUUGAACUGGCAGGAAGUGCGCAGAAUUUGUUUAACAUUGUAAAUCAAUUUGUUGUGCAAACAAGUAAGAGCUGAUCAACUAUGCAUGGGCUCUCAACAAUUGUUGAACCGCUGAAAUGACAAUGAAAAUGUAAAAACUCUGUUAGAACGCCCGAAACACAAUGGGUCAAGUAGCUGGCAAAUAUCUGUACAUACUUGCAGCCCAAUAGAAUGUAUUUAUUAUAAAACAGAUUAAAGUUCAUUAUUAUCGAAACGUAGUACAGAUUAUUUAAUAAUUUUUAUUUACUUAUUCGAUUCUAGGCAUAAAUCAAACACCAAACAAAUUUACACGUCUUUAGAGAAGAUAGUUCUAAAAUAGUAUGUUUAUAAUAUUAAUAAUUAUUUACCUGUAUAUGAAUGUAUAUUGCUUAGAUCGUUUAAAUAGGUAUUCCAUCAACAAGCCGUGAUUGUUAUAUGAUAUUCAUAUAAGAAUUAUCUAAAUGUAUUUAUUAAAUGUUUGUUCAUGUUGUUUGAAACUAAAUGCCACUGAGAAGUAACUCAAAAACUCACACACUAGCAACAAGAAACUAA